AUGGACCGGAAUAUUGCGCGUGCCGUGAGGGAGAAGAGGCCGGUCCCCGAAAUCGACUUCUCCCUGCACCAGAUGGAGGAUGGCUCCCAAGUCUCCACACUGGAACGGGUGGUCAAGGAGGUCCAAGCGCCGGCCCUGAGCACCCCUCCCGAUGACAUGUUUUGGUCCCCCGACGAUCCAUCCAAGCCCAACCUUGCCUACCUGAAGCAGCACCUGUAUCGCGAAGGCCGUUUGACCGAGGAACAAGCGCUAUGGAUUAUCCACGCCGGUACAGAGGUCCUGCGCCAGGAGCCCAACUUGUUGGAGAUGGAUGCUCCUAUUACUGUUUGCGGUGACGUCCACGGACAAUACUACGAUUUGAUGAAGCUGUUCGAGGUUGGCGGUGAUCCCUCGGAGACGAGAUACUUGUUCUUGGGUGAUUAUGUCGACCGUGGUUACUUCAGCAUCGAGUGUGUGCUGUAUCUUUGGGCGUUGAAGAUCUGGUAUCCAGAUUCGCUCUGGUUGUUGCGCGGAAACCACGAAUGUCGCCACUUGACCGAUUACUUUACCUUCAAGCUGGAGUGUAAACACAAAUAUAGCGAACGGAUCUACGAGGCCUGUAUCGAGUCGUUCUGUUCUCUGCCGCUGGCGGCGGUUAUGAACAAGCAGUUCCUCUGUAUUCACGGUGGUCUCAGCCCGGAGCUGCACACCCUCGAGGAUAUCAAGGCUAUUGAUCGUUUCCGAGAGCCCCCUACCCACGGUCUGAUGUGCGACAUCCUUUGGGCCGACCCUCUGGAAGAAUUUGGUCAAGAAAAGACCGGCGAUUUCUUCAUUCAUAACAGCGUUCGCGGUUGCUCUUAUUUCUUCUCCUAUCCCGCUGCGUGCGCAUUUUUGGAGAAGAACAACUUGCUUUCCAUUAUUCGAGCACAUGAGGCUCAGGACGCCGGAUACCGCAUGUACAGAAAGACGCGGACAACCGGUUUCCCCAGUGUGAUGACCAUUUUCAGCGCUCCUAACUACCUCGAUGUUUACAACAACAAGGCCGCUGUGCUCAAGUACGAGAACAACGUCAUGAACAUCCGCCAGUUUAACUGCACCCCGCACCCUUACUGGUUGCCGAACUUCAUGGAUGUUUUCACCUGGUCUCUGCCUUUCGUUGGUGAGAAGAUUACCGACAUGUUGAUCGCCAUUCUUAACACCUGCUCGAAGGAAGAACUGGAAGAGGAAGAGGAGGAAACUCCUGUCUCUGAGACCAUUCCCGAAGGAGCGGUGCCCGAAGGCCCCGUCUCCCCUCCUAUGCCUAUCGAUACCGAGUCUAGCGAGUUCAAGCGACGAGCUAUCAAGAACAAGAUUCUUGCUAUUGGCCGUCUCUCUCGUGUCUUCCAGGUGCUUCGAGAACAGUCCGAGAGUGUCAGUGAAUUGAAGACAGCGGCUGGCGGCCGUCUUCCGGCCGGUACUCUCAUGCUGGGUGCUGAGGGUAUCAAGCAGGCCAUCCACAACUUUGAGGAUGCCCGGAAGGUUGAUCUGCAAAACGAGCGUCUGCCUCCUAGCCAGGAGGAGGUCAUCAAGACCAACGAAGAAAACCACCGCGCUGCCAUGGAGCGCGCAGAGAAGGAGGCUGCCAACGAUACCGGGCUGGCGACUGUCGCCCGACGAAUCAGCAUGUCUGCUGGAUCUGGCCGCAAUCGUCAACGCCAGCGUGAAACACAGUCUCGGGAGGCCUAG